AUGGAGGUGGAGAGCAAGAAUCUGCCCCCCACCCCGUUAGACUCCUGGCAUGAGUACACCUGCCCGAGAUGUGAAUCCGGUUUUAUCGAAGAAGUCACAGACGAUUCCAGUUUUCUAGAUGGCAGCGGCAUAGACGACAGCCCAUCCACACAGUUUGCAGAGCUUUGGGACCAUUUGGACCACACAAUGUUCUUUCCCGACUUCAGACCCUUUCUGAGUAGCAGCUCACUGGAUCAAGACAGCAGGGACAACGAAAGGGGCCACCAAGCCCACGCCGACCUCUGGGGACCAAGCCGACCCCCGCGAUUGCCCAUGACGCGGAGGUACCGAUCCCGGGGCAGCUCACGCCCCGACAGAUCCCCUGCCAUCGAAGGAAUAAUCCAGCAGAUCUUUGCAGGGUUUUUUGCAAACUCGGCGAUUCCUGGCUCCCAACACCCUUUUUCCUGGUGAGUAGCGAGCGUGGUUUAGACCGUGGCUUUGCUCACGGUGAUCCACACCAGUAAAGAGCUGUGAUCUGGUGCCUGGGAGCUCCGUCUCCCCGCUGUGGCUUCUCUGGGAGGAUUGUGCAACCCUUGGGGCCGCUCUGGGGUGGGUGAAACAGCUUCCCUGACUCUCCGCUCCCGUCUGC